CUUAAAGUCACAAACUUGUUAGUGUUUUCGUACUAACGAUUCACCGAGUAGACUUAAUAGACCAGCACUGACAUACAUCCUGGACAAAUAGACUGCUCUUGUGGCGUAAUUCUUCCUCUGACUGUUACGCUUACCAUUGUGGUCAUGUGUUUAUCUUGACUUGUCACCGAAUAGCAUGCCAUCUGUGCAGAUUACGCGUUCAGGUGCACUGCGCUACUAAGUAUUAGAUCGACUUCUGAUCGUUGAUCCAUUAUUGGUUUGAUUUUUCUCUCCCUUGCAUGUUCAUUUUCUGUUGUUGUUUUUUUAAACAUUGAUUGAUUUGUCAAAAAAUUAACUCUUUUAAAUUUUUGACAGCAUCCGUGAAAUGUCGUGUAGUCGUAUUGAGUGAAGAUUUGAAUUAGCUUAUAUACAUACUGUGUGCACUGCAGCUUCAGUUCGUGAAACGGUCAUAUUGUAAGAGUUCACUUUUAGAACACUGAUUUUCAAAAAGACACUGUGGAUGUUAAAAGGAAGCCCAUAUAAUUGUGUAACUUUAUUUGAUGUGAUUCGUAUUGAAUUCUAAAAGUUAACCAUGAUGCUAUUAUACGGAGUACUGUGUUGGGUGUUUAUACCAAUGGAAGCACAGUUUAUUUACGAUUGCCCUGACGGCUGGCUCAGAGAAGAAAAUGAUUGCUACUUCUUUCAUUUCUACCCGGCGAGAAAUUUUGAAAACGCAAAACAAGUUUGUCAGGCUCAAGGUGCUAAUAUUCUCAGCGUAGACAGUCUCAGAGAAUUUACAUUCAUCUCUGAUUGGCUGACCAGAAACGAUCAAAGAAGAGAGAUGAUGUGGUGGUCAAGCACGACAAACGACAAUUUUGUGACAGAAGGUCCUGAGUUCUGGACAAAUGGAACAAAGAAAACCACCACACCUGAGAGUGGAUUGCAACUUGCAUUUUUCUAUACAGCUGACUCCAGCAAGUAUAAAUGGACCUGGUCAUCGCCUGACAGUCUCCUCUCAUCUAUAUGUGAAGUCAGUCUGACCGAGGCUUACAGAAUCUUAAGCGAUGCCAGAGAUCACAUGUACGGUACGAACAUUACAGACCCACGUGACGUACUGACGGGUCCUAAAUUUAUCCAACAGCCAAUGUCCAUCCUUGUAGUGGACGUAGAUUACGUCACUCUGCAAUGUGAGGCACAAAGUAAUCCCACACCGACAUACGUCUGGCUGAAAGGUGGCGUACGACUGGACGCAGCGGACGACUCCCGCUACACCAUCAACAGCGGGAAGCUGACCAUCACAGAGCCAAGAGAUGACAAAGACGAAGGACAGUACCAGUGUCAGGCUACCAAUCAGUUUGGAACUAUCAUCUCCGACACUGGAAGCAUAAGCUUUGGAUUUUUGGCAGAGUUCUCCAACGACCCACCAGGAGCGGUGACUGGUAGGCUCUACCAAGGGAUCGCCAUUAACUGCGGCUUGCCAGCAUACAAGUCAGCUCUGGACAUCAAAUGGUUCAAAGAGGACGGGGGACCCAAUUUCCUGAGGACUGACCUCCAGCCUCACCAGUUCAACUCAAAGAAUGGAAAGUUGUAUUUCUCAGAACUGACAACCUCCGAUGCAGGUGUCUACCAUUGUGUUCUGGCACUAGUCGCCUUAGUAGGACAGGUCAUCUUUUCAGGACAAGGUCCUAGUCGAACUAGCCUUGGCAUGGAGCUUAUCGUUAUUGGUGAAACACCAAGUGAUUAUGGUCCAGAGAUCCACAAUGAUUUUCCGGCCAUUUUCCCAACACCUGCUCUAAGAGGAGGAACAUUUACAAUUGAGUGCUUUGCCUACGGCAAAAUGCCCUUGUACUACUCUUGGAAACGGAGCAACGGUACAAUACCCAGUAAGGUCACCUACUCUGACCACAAUCGAGUGUUGACCAUUCCAGACGCCCAGUUGGAGGAUGCUGGGGAUUACACGUGCAUGGUCAACCGAGGAAACAGUUACACUGUUGAGAAGUCAAUACAGCUGAUCGUGGAAGCCAGACCAUUCUUCACUUUCCCACUCUCUGACAAGCAUAUUGACGUGAAUCAAGAGUUCGUCUGGUUCUGUGAAGCGCAAGGGUUGCCUGCCCCUGUUUAUUCGUGGUAUAAAGAUGGUCUACCAAUCCAACAUCAGCCUGGUAAUAUUGAGGUGCACGUGAAUGUCCUAAAGAUCUACAAAGCUCAGCAGACGCAACACCAGGGAAUGUAUCAAUGUUCAGCAAGCAACACUCACGGAACAACUUUGACGUCUGCACAGCUCAGAAUUCUGGCCUUCAAGCCAACGUUUAUCAGACGUCCAGUGAACCCGUCCCAGAUGGGAACAGAGGGAGGCAAUAUUUCCAUAGCCUGUCAACCUGAGGCAGCACCAUCUCCCAACAUCACGUGGUCGAAAAACGGAUUUCCAUUGGCUGUAUCCACAGAAUUCAAAGAACGGAUUGUUCAACUCACCACCGGAGAUUUGUUCAUUAGAGAUUUACAGAUCAGCGACAAAGGAAUCUAUCAGUGCACAGCCUCAAAUGACUUUGGCUCUGAGAGUAGCUCUGGACUCCUAACAGUUGUGUCGCAAACCGUAAUGACUCUCGUGCCGUCAGAUGUCCAGUCCGAGGUCAACUCGACUGUCUUCCUGCCCUGCCAGGCUUCUUAUGAUGUCCGGGAGAAGGAGCUUGUCUACGUCUGGGACUUUGGCGGCAAAAACGUCUUGGAUUUGGUGGACCCUUCCUACAAGUUGGAGUUUCAAGGAUCAGUUCCUGGUCUUUACAUUCUGAGCGUCCAGGUUCAUCACACGGGUGUGUACGGCUGUUCAGCUGUCACCGUGGACAGUUUCAAAAGAAAUACAGCGUACCUACAGGUUGUAGGCCCUCCUGGUGAGCCCGGCGGUGUCAAAGCUGAAAUCUCGGGACUCAACGCUACAAUAAAAUGGAUGCCAGGAGAGACCAACUUUGCAGACGUCACUAAAUUUCACAUCGAGUUUAACACAAAUUAUAACCCAAGCUGGAGAAUAUUGAUCAAUGAUAUUGCUUUCGAGGCUGCUAUAAGUACAGUUAAGAAUGAACUGUGCAGCUACAAAGUCCAGGGAUUAAAACCAGGCUCCUCUUACAAAUUUAGAGUCGUGGCAUACAACAGAUAUGGACCUGGCCCAGCAUCUCUGCCUUCCACACUCUAUAAAGUAGCUAACGCAGCACCAAUCACUGCUAUCAGUGGUGGGAUCACAGACGAACCCUGGGGACCAGUUGGUACUCUAGCUGUCAAAUGGAAUGCUUUGCCCGAGGAAGACCUAACUGGUGAUAAAAUUGGCUACAGGAUAUACUAUAGAAAAAGAGUACCAUUUGACAGUGAACAAUGGAAUAAAGGUGAAGUUUUAGGCGGAGUGAACCAGUUCUUUGCUGUGGUUGGUGCAGACAAUUAUUACUUGCAGUAUGACGUGAAGAUAGCAGCAUUCAACGAGUACGGAGAGGGACCUAACUCGUCUGUUCAAAUUGUGAUGUCCCAGGCUGACAUGCCUGUUGGUGUGGCGACGAACAUUACUAUGAAGACUCAUAACAGUACGGCCAUCUUGGUCCGCUGGACACCGCUUCCACUCAUUCGUGAAUUUAUCCGAGGAAAAAUUAUUGGCUAUUCGAUCAACUAUUGGAUUAAAGAUGGAGACAUGGAUUCUUCAAACAUGUACUGCGGUGACACCUGCGACAGUGUCUUGCUGAUUGGUCUCCAGCCAAAGUCCUACUACUGGGUCAACAUUCAAGUGGUCAACACCGCGGGUACAGGGAUGGUCAGCGAAAACUAUUUUGGAAGAACAUGGAGACGAGCCCCCAAUUCUUAUCCUGAGUACGUUCAUGUCCAGUCUCACCAGGGCAACUCGGUGCAUGUUAUGUGGCGUGGCGUGUCAACGGGAUCUUACGAAGAGACCAUCAAAGGCUACAAGAUUCGCUGGUGGCCUAUUAAUGAAGACAUAAGGACUGCCAAUGAGACGAUCGUUGCUGAGAAACUGACGCAGAAAAUUCUGCACGGCAUCCAAUCUGGCACAGUGUAUUCUCUCCGUGUUAUGGCCUACAGCAGGGGAGGUGAUGGACGAAAUAGCCCAACAGUUUAUUUUACUCUCGAGGGUCAGGUGAUGAUCAACCCGGAGACCACAGAGAUCGUGAACACAGCCAGUACCUAUAUACCAAGUGUUUAUGUCUUUCUUGGUGUAUACCUAGUACAUUAUCGUUACCAGAGCUAGUGUGUAUGGUUGAGAACUAAUCUGAUCAAAACAGUAUUAUAUCUCCUAACAUGUUGAAUGAUCUUGUAAAUAACAGCAGUUACAUUAACUGCUGACAUCGCUUACUCAAGCUCCCUCUUUUUAUCAUAAACUAGAAGGCAAGGAACAUAACUUUAACCAACUCAGAUUUAUUUGUCAUUAAAUUUUUCUAUUUUAUUUAAAUAACCACAACCACUUUUUUUACACUAAUAUUUACGCACCGAGCUUUUUUUUUUCUUAAGAACAAUACCAUUAGAAUCAAGAAGCAAACGUUAACACAUAGUUUUAAGAAGGUAAAUAGGCCUAUUUCAUUUUGAUUCAAUAAUACUAGCUGCUAGCAAAGCCCAAUUUUAUUGUCUUUAAUCUUAAAGAGUUACAAAUGUUACUUUCUUUUUUUAUUACUGUAUUUGAGUAAACUUUUAUGCUGAUAAAUUUUGACAGUUCAAAAAUGCUGUUACAUUCAAUUUUAUGACAACUUUUGAAUUUGACCUAGAACAAAUGUGUAGCACACACUUUUAAACCAAUAGGCAUUUAAUACUUACUCUUGAACUGUGAGGGUGUCAAAUUACCGAAACCAUUUGAUUACCAAAGGUUAGCUGAACCACAAAGAAUUUAGACUUGUAUUUGUCAAGAAAAUUAUAUUUACUAUGAAAUAGACUUACGAAGGUAAAAAUUAACAAUAAUAAUAAUAAAAAAAAAUGUAUUGAUCUAAAAAAGUAAAACAUAUUUUUCAGUUUUCACAUUCUGUACUAAAUUACAAUUUAAGUGUAAAUACAUUCUAAAAAUAUAUGUACAAUAAUGACAUAAAUUUACAGCAGUGCUGCAUUAGAUGAAUGAGUGUGUUGAAGUAUGAGUGUCUAUAUUAAGCCCACUGUAUUGCAAUCAAUGUUAAAAAUGAAAUGAGCUUUCAAAAUGUAAAGAAAGUGAAAUACAUUCAAUCUAACCAACUAGCAUAACAUUUUUAAAAUAUUGUGAUAAAUAUAUUAUAUACAUCAAGUUAAACUUAUAACCCGUUGCCUCCUGUGUUUUUUAGUUGCUUUGCAGCAGCACCAGAGUUUCCUCUCCGGAGCACAUUCCUGGGCUUUAGAUGGGGUGACCCUUGCAUUUAAAUAUAUAUAAACACAUACACACUAUUACAAAUAAUACAUUCUUUAAUUAUUUUAUGUGAUUGGACUAGGCAUUUGCUUUUUAUAAAAGCAUUUUUAUCUCUUCUGGGCUGCUAUGAUUUUAUUUAUGUUCCAACCUGUGAACAUGAUCCAGAAAAUCUUUAUAGUCUCAACCUUCUCAGCCCUGUAACAAGUACACUUGUUUAUGCAAAUUUCAUGAUUAUAUCCUGAGCCAAGUUUUUAGACAUGAUUAUCAAUGAUCCAUGUACAAAACAUAUUUGUGUGUGUGUGUGCAGUCUGGUACUAUUUGUUAAUUUUGGAGUUGUAAGUUUUUUUGACAUGUAGGCUCAAAAUGGAGGGAUUUCGCCAACAAUCUGGCUGACAUUUUUAAGAUAUUAUUUGAGAUGAAGCCUAGAUACUUUUCCCUACUCAUUGUCCCACUGUAGUAUAGUAAGUUAGUUACUGAACAAAUCAAACUACAGGAAUUGCAUUGAAAAAAAAAAAUCAUUUAAUUUUUUGGGAGUCACUAUAAAUAAAAAAAAAAAAAGAAAAAUACUAAAUUGGCGAAAAAGCAACAAAAGCAAAGAUGAAGUUAUGACUAUUAAUAUAUGUAAAUAUAUGUGUUCUUACAUAUAAUGUUCACUGUUGCUUUAUUUAAUCUUUGAGAGAGUAAUUUCAUACAGUUAUCAAUGUCUCAAUGUGUAUUACUAUUUCAGUGAUUUAAUCUAUUCACAUACAUCCAAUGAAAACUGAUUGUUGGACUGAAUAUUUGUAGAACUGCUACACAUGUUUAUUUUUAGCUGUAUUUUUAUUUAGCAGGAAGUAAAAUUUUGUUUGUAAGAAA